AUGAAUUUCGUGGACGUGCAACCUAAGUCGUUCCUCGAUUAUGCCUGGACGUCGCCAUCUUCGGCGGCGAUGGCGGCCACCAAACCCUCCAAGACAAGUCGGAAACAGAACAGGUGCUGCGAUCAAUGUCGCAAAGGGAAGAGGGCGUGCGAUGCGGCGAUCCUGGAGGAUACUCUUUUAGAAACGAGUAAAUCUGGAACGACCCCUACGGUGUUCCAUUAUAGUGACGUUUACGGGCCACUAGCUUCGUGUGGCAACUGUGAGAAGACGAAGAAGAGCUGCACUUUCGAGUGGCUGCGCUCACAACGCGUAUCGCAAGCUUCGCAACCACCACAAACAGCUGCGCCACCAGCAAAGAGGCGCCGCACGCGAAGCAAUUCCACCAGUCGAGCACAGAAACCAAAUGUAUCCUGCCGAUCUACAGCAACAGUCAAACCAGAACAGAGUCGACAUGCGAACAACGAUGAUCUUCUGUCCCCCACACCACCCGUUGAACUGGGCGUAACGUUUGGAGAUUUUCCGUGCGGUUCUUCCAUGUUUACCACAGAUCCCACAAUCGCCCUGUUCCAUGAGCCGUCGCAAACAUUCGAGAAAGACGAAGCGAGGGACGAAUCGGGACUAACCGGCGGGGUUGCCGAAGAUAAUUGGACUCUACUCGACUGCGACUCCGGUAGAGGCUCAUCUCUAAAAACAACCUCAGAGAUUAGCGAUGACAAGCUCGAACGCGACAGUCCUUCAGAUUAUCAAGACACAAGUAGCACAAGCAUAAGUAAUCCACCUUCUAGCAUAUCAGAAGGAACGGUUGCACGUACCAGUCAAAAAAGGCGUCGCUCCAGCUCCUCGGCAUCAAUCUCAAACGGUGCGCAUUCUUAUCCAGUAAUAUCAUAUGCCAGCGAUAUCCUUUCAUCGAGCAACAAUGCGUAUCUGACUGAAAGCUUGCUGAGGAUCUAUCAUGAUAGUUUCGAAAACGCACUUGCAUGCUGGGUAACAGAAAGAACCUGUCCCUACAGUGCAAAAUCAGAUACUCUGCUAGCCACGAACGCUAGACCCGAUUGGAAUCGAAUCUAUCACCGAGUGGUUCGCCUCGAUAGACUAGCAUCCACCAUCAGAGGACGCAAGCUGACUCAGACGGAAGACCGCGCAGCGUCCAGAGCCUUAGACCUGGCGGUCUUCUCCUUCGCUUCACAAUGGGCGCAGUCCAGCACCAGAAGCAGAACAAAGUAUCCGUUCCAUAGCACUUCGACCGAUGGUGGUAGCAGCGUUUUCGAUAGCGUGGAGGACGACAGUGUACCGGCUGGCAUUGACUUCGAUCGCACGUUGCAGAUAUCAGCAUGGCACGAGGCCCGCAACGCAUUGCAGAAAGCUGGCGAGGUGGAAUCUUUCCGGGUAGUACUCGCACAAAUCAUCUUCGCGUUGACACAAAGACCGGUUGAGACAGUCGACGCAACUCAGGGUGUGCAGAACUCUAUUUCGAAGACUGAAGACAUAGAGAUGGGCGCUUACGCGGAAGUUUCAAGAGAAGGUACACCCAUGCUUGCAACCGACCAGGAUAUGGACGACUGUGCAGACCUGAUGUCGAAACUGGAUCUCGCAAUCGAGGCUGACGGGCCACCUGUACAUCUCGAAUCAGGUCUUCGACUCAUUCAUUCUUUGAGAUCCCGUAUGACCAUGUCUAGAGAAGCGCGACGUACAAACUCAGCACGGCAACGACGCUUGCCAGUUGUGCGACUUGAAGACGCGGAUCGUGCAACAGUGGACCUUUUGUUCUGGUUGGGCGUUAUGUUUGAUACGCUGUCAGCAGCGAUGCACAAACGACCAUUGGUGGUAUCGGAUGAGGACAGCGAUGUAGUGCUCAGCGAAAGCAUGCAGAUUGAGCACUCGGUCCAACAAGCAGUAACACCUUCUUCGACAGACGAAGGCGACGGACUCUGGGAUGAGUAUUUGUUCGCUCGGCAACAACGGAACUCGGACUUGUGGGACACAAUCAAGAAGCACGAAGAGAGCGUACCGGUUGCGCAGCUCGCUGAAGAACACCAUCAGCGUCAUGGCAGGCCACUCCGCAUUGCUGUUGACGAGGCCGAUUGGCGCUUCAACAACCUCACGGUGCAGCAGGUAUACACUAUACGGGAGACCUCCAACGAGUACGCUUUCCAAGGCAUUGAGAAAGCCAUGUUCUACCGCAUCUGUCGUCUCCUCACCCUAAACAUCCAACUCAUAUUCGUCUUCGACGGCCCUGGCCGACCCUGGAAGCGAGGCAAAAGAGGAGGAGGACAGAUCAACUACAACGAGCGACGCUUGCUCCCAGAGAUGCUUCAAUGUUUUGGGAUCCCAUAUCACGAAGCUCCGGGAGAGGCAGAGGCAGAGUGUGCUCGUCUGCAGAUUCUGGGUCUGGUUGACGCUGUUUGGUCACAAGAUUCCGACAGUCUCAUUACGGACAGGUCUAAAGAGAAUACCAAGAAGAAUGGGAAAUACGUCAACAUCGUACGAGCACACGACCUAAAGGACAAAUAUGGCUUGGACCGAGAAGGACUAGUGCUGUUUGCGAUGCUCGUGGGCGGCGAUUACGACGUGAAAGGUCUACCCCAGUGUGGGCCAUCUCUAGCCAUGCAGGCAGUCAAGCAAGGGCUUGGCCAACGACUAGUUGCGUGUCGAGAUCAAAGGGAAUGUGACCUUUGGACUGUAGAGCUGGCCAUGUUCCUUGAGAAGAGUGCUCGUGGGCGCAGCAUCAACAUACCGCUAGGCUUUCCGGGCUUCGAAACCCUGCAGAAGUACUGCAAACCAAAAGUUACCAGCGACGAGGAUCUACUCAAUAAGUCAUGGCUCAAUCUUGACUACGUUCGCCCCAUCGAGGAGCUUAAGCUGCUUAAACUCACGAGCGAGCGCUUCAAUAUAUGGGGACGUCUAUAUAUGAACUGGGUCGGACCUGUGCUGUUGACGCGAAACCUAACCACAAGAGAUCCGUCUUUACCACUAGGGCUGGUACAUGACAUCAAGCUUGUCAAGCCACGAGUGAAGAAGACCGACAAUGAGCAACCAACGCGUACACUCGAACGCAAGCUGACCUUUUCUCCCUUUGGCGUCACGACUCUGCGCCAAGCUGACUUUGAGGGCGAUAGACUGGGGCACUGGAACAGAGACAAGGAGACAUUGUUUGACCCAGAGCAUCGUGUGGAAGUUGAAUUCCCCGAGUACUGGCUGCGCAGAGUCCUUCCGCCACACAUGCUAGACCCACCUUCUCCAGUACCAAAGCGUACGUCUAAACGCAAGCGACUGACAGAUGAUGUUGAGGAAGAAGUCGACGUGUCAAGCACAGCUAAGCGGAAACGCAAGAACAAAAGAGACGAUACCUCCGCCACUAUAGCUUCACAAGAUGCAUCCCCGAGGAAGUCAAGAGGGCCGGCCUUGAUUGCCAGGUCUCGAAACAUGCCCAUGACGCCGACUGCACAGAAGCUCAUCGAAUGCAUCAAUUUCUCUGAUUCUGAAGAUGAAGAUGGACUCUCUUUACCCAUCAACGCUCGCCCUAAAGAACUUGCACUGAAUCGGUCACAAGCGUCUCAUAUCGUUGAUCUUGGUUCACCUGAGCUACCAGGUCAGGGAAGCGGUUCAUUUGUCUCUGAUUCAUUUCGAGGCCAUACAGCAAACGCGUGGCCAUUGGACAUCUCAGACGAAGAAGACGAAGAAGACGAAGAACUGCAGUUAGCUUUGCGGCUAAGCAUGCAAGACCAAGGUGUUAUGCUUGCCCCAACACAAAGCUCUUCUAGAUUGCCGUCAUCGAAAGGGGGCAGGUAUGACAGCAUUUUCGCCAUGAGGGAAGCAGGAAGGGAUGUACAAGGCACCUCUGUGCCUGCCUGGUCGCUUGAUCAAACAACCAGUGCCGCCAUACCCUCUAGAUCCUCUCAAACUCCUCGUCGACGAGUAGAGAGUAGUUCAUCACGCAUGUCGGACAUGGCGAUGAGGGGUGUUCACGCAGGCCUCAUAGGAAGAGGGUCAGUCCACAUACCCGACUGGUCGCAUCCUUCCCCGUCCGCAGCUGUGCUGUCAAAGCCCACGAUAUUAUCUUCCGGAUCUAGCACCGAAGACCGUGUCCAAGCACAUCCUGUACCUUCUCCCGCUGAGAUUCGCGCUGCUCGGCUUCGACACUUCGAAGCUUCGUCUCCUUGCCUUCUUCAGGACGCAAAUAAACACCGUCUUUCACCGCCUGCUGCCAUGACAGACAAGCGAUCGUCAACUACUUGUCAGGUACCAGUGGGUGUCGAGUGUAUCGACCUGACAGAUGAUUAA